CCGGGGGGCAGGUAACGUCAGCCAGAGAGAGAGAGAGAGAGUCUGCAGGAGUUGCACGCUUCAUGAGAUUGUAUCUCAUCAUCGGGACUCGAUCAUGAAAUCGGCAUGGGCAGCUGAUCUGCUCCGUGCAUGAGAAGCAGCGAUUCCUCCUCGUCCCAGCAGGAUCUCCGCAGCAUCCCGCCUGGCUUGACAUGGGAUGAAAUGGGAUUAUUCAUGUCGACGAAGAUCGGACGGAUUCUUGCGAUCGCCUCUGUUUUCCUGCUCCUCGCGGCGCCUGCAGGCAGCGCGGAUGUGAGCUGUGAGAACGUUUACCGGGACUUUUCCGAGUGCGUCCUGGAGCUGGGGGAGAGCAUGGACAACUACCAGGAGAACGUGACCAGUGAGCAGGGAGUGGCGGCCGUCUGCAGCCACUGGGAAGCCUUCCACACCUGCGCUCUGACGGCGCUGUCCGACUGUCAGCAGGAGGUCAGCUCCAUCUGGGAGACCCUGAAGCAGGACUCCAGGAAGAUCCGCUUCCAGGGAAGCCUGUUCGACCUGUGCAGCCCCAGCUGCGCCCCCGGUGCCCGGCUGCCUCUCGCUGCCCUCGUCCUGCCUCUGGUUCUGGUCCUGACCGGGCCGAGCGGGGCCUCUGCCUAGACGGGACACGGAUGAGGGCGAUAAGAAUGAGGGUAGGACGGACGGCGGCGGUUUCUUUUUUCAUGAGUUCCAGUACGUCUGAGCUCAGACUUAAUGCCAAGGAUUUAAAAGGUUGAAAUGUUUUAAAAGGGUUUUUUUGUUUCUUACACUGAGGUGUUAUUGUGUGUGGCAGGACAAUCAAUUUAGUUUGGCUGAAGACACUUCAAGUCUUCUGGUAAUGAUAAAGCCUUUUUCUUUAUUAAAUAAUAGCUUAGGGGGGAAAAGAAGUGCAUUUUUGAAAUCAUUACAAUACAUAACUUUUGGCCUGAAACUAGUUUACCACGCCUGAUAUUUAAAGUUUUAACUAAAUUUUCUUAGCAAAAAUAAAUAAAUGAAAACUUGAACUGCCUGGCCAACAUGUGUAUGUGGGUCUCAUAUGGCUUGUUGGUUUGUUGGAUUUCUCCUUGUGCACAGAUAAUUCAACAUCAAACCCAUGGAGGUAAUAAUAAAGGGAACAACCUGAAGUCUUCCUGUUUUUGGCACAUUUCCCACCCAUGUGGGCCCCAUAUGUGAAUGCUGGCUAGCUGAUGCACAUGUACUAGAUGUGCAUCAGUAAACGCACAUUUACUGAUGCAAUUACUGUACAUGCAAUUACUGUACAUGCAUUUACUGAUGCACAGUAAAUGCAUCAGAAUAAAACAUAUCGAAUAUCCAAAUUAAGCAAAUGAUAAUUGUUGUUUUUUAUAUUCAAGAGCCUGAUUUUUUUUUUUUUUUUUUGUGCACUUCCCUGAUUUUUAGCCUUUUCUAAAAACUAAGAUAAGUACACACUGCACUUCAGCUCAGAGCUGAGGCAGAAGCUGGACAUGUGAACAUCAUAUUUUUAGAUUACAGUGGCUUGAAAAAAGUAUUCACACUCCUUAAACCUUUGCACGUGUCACAUCUUUGUUUCAUCUUGGUGCGUGUCCUCUAAUAAAACCUCUGAGGCGUUCGCAGUAAAGCCGUGUUUGUAUUGCGAGCUCCAUGCUGUGAAGAAAUGCAUCCCUGCAGCAUGGACUUCCUUCUCCUCUUCAGUGGCGUCAGAGUAAAGAGGGUGCAAUGCCAUAUCUUAAUAUUAAAUCCUAAUGCAUUAAAGUUUGACAAAAUGUAAACCAGUUCAGGGGGUGUGGACAUCUUUUCACCGUAGACGGAAAUGGAGCAACACUUCCGAAGUAAGAUAUCUCUGCUGCUUGCCUUGUGCUGUCAUCUAGAAGAGAAAUGAGCUCUCUAAUGAGAAAUCUACCUGAAUCUGUUUUAAAUCAAACAUUUCCUUUCCAAACUGUGCUGCUGGGGAGGAAGCAGUAUUGUGGUUUACACGCUGCUCAUAUAUUAUACACGGAUGUCACGAGCAAGAGAGCUCACCUUCUGAAAAUAAAAGGCAUGUGUUGUCUUGAAACUGAAAGUACAAUAACUAUGUGCAUGGUUAAAGCAGUGCAUUGUUACUCAAUGUCCUGAAUUAUCUUUAUUUAGAGCAAUGAGAGCGUUGAGCAAAAUCCAGACAUGGUGCAUCUAGCGAGGUCGGCUCCUGGUUCCUGACUCAUUUCUACUGUCACAUCAGGACUUUUAGAGGGCAAAAGAAAGUUUGGCCUCAUUUUUCCACUGAGUGCUUAUUUUGCUUAAAAUGAAAAUAAAAUCAAACAUGUUGUGUACAGGGUUAUAGCCCUUUUAACCAUCCAUGUAAAACUAUUUGGCCUCCUGCCUUAAGUCACAGCUGUCAUUGUAAUAAUUACCUGUAUAAUAACUGAAGUGUGACUGUGGACACGUCUCGUGAAAUGUUGCUUACCUGCAGUGGAAAUAUGAACAAAAUACAAGUGGGGGCUUUAGGACGAGAAAUUAAGUGUGAAAUAAUUGAUUGUGUGUGUGAAGAAUCCAUUGGGUUUCCUCAGUUCAGGAAAAGUAAUUGAACACCAAACUGCAGAUUUCACAUUGGUGUUUAAGAAAAUCAGUACCGAACGCAUGUGGGGUCCAUCCAGUCACAAACUGCACUUAUACAACAUGGCAGCGUUAUAUAACAUGUGGACAAAGCCAUGCGGGGCAGGAAAGUUUGACAACACCACUCUUUUUCUCCAAAGCAAAAACAAUUCAUGGCAAUAGGAGAGACCCAACAAUUGUAAUAAAAACUCUGCAAUCAGCACUUGGAAAUGCAAGUUUUAUAAAAAAUAAAACUGAGUUCUGCAGUUUACAAUUACAUAACUAACACCGUUCCCACUCAUCUGGUACAAAUAAAAUGUUGCAGUUGUCUGCAGUCGUCCAUUUUUUUUUCUUCUCCUUCCACUGCAAAAGGAAGCAAGUGACAGUGACCUGUUUAGCAUGUGUUUGCUCAUAUUUCUUUUACUACAGACGGUCCUACCAGGUGUUUGCAACUGAUUUUGUUUUUCUCGCAUGAUAUUUUAUGACCAGGUGUCAGAAAAAUUGUUGAUUUUAGCUUGGACGUCACAUAAGGUGGCCUGUGCAUGAAUUGUAACAGCAUUCUUUGUUACGCAAAAUUUGUAUUAUCCACGCUCCUAUCGCCUUGGUAUCUCCUAGCAUGUUUGUUCUAGUUGAUUUGACUUAUUUAACGUUUUAAAAGAGUAAGUAUCACGUCGAUCCAUUGUGUGCCUGGUGGUGAAACAGAAAAACAGUCAUCUCCUAAAAGCAUGAGCAAUAUCUUGGGAGAGAAUCUUUAUCCCUUCAUACGUGGUUCAUGAAAGCAUGAAAAUGAUUGUGAUCAUGCACACAAUAAAAGUACAAUAAGUUUUGAAGAGAUUUUAAUUAUAGGAAGAACUCCUGAAUGUAAAAAAAAUACUAUUCAGUAUGUUUUCUUUUUUUUACACAUUUACAAAACUCUGUAAAGCAAUAUGUGGGAAAUGAAGUAACUAUAACAAUAAAGCACAAACGUUAAACACAA